CUAUAUAUACCUAAUUACUCACUCAUCGUUCCCUCCGCCGAUUCUUCUCAAAAUCUCAUUCCUUCUCAACCCGAUCGGAAUCGAAAUCAUAUAUGGCGGCCUUCAACGGAGUAUCCUCCAGCAGUCUGAUCGCUCCUCGUGAGCUUUCACGUCAAUGCUUGGCACCAACCAAGAUCUCUGGUCUGAAAUUGGUUUCCUUUUCCAAUUCUGGAAGAACCAAUCUUCCAUUGUCAUUCCGCCGCCUUCAGGUUUCAUGUGCUGCCAAGCCAGAAACAGUUGAAAAAGUUUGUGACAUUGUUAGAAAACAACUCGCCCUAAAAGACGACAUUUCAGUUUCUGGUGAAUCAAAGUUCGCAGCCCUAGGAGCUGAUUCACUUGACACGGUGGAGAUUGUGAUGGGGCUUGAGGAGGCGUUUGGUAUCACUGUAGAAGAGGAGAAUGCACAGAGCAUUGCUACUGUUCAAGAUGCAGCUGAUCUUAUUGAGAAGCUUUGUGAGAAAAGUGCCUAAUCAGUGAAACAGUUUUAAGGAUUAGGGAGAUUUCUGUCUAUUGGGUUCUUGUUUUUGUUUCCUUCAAAUGUUUGUGUCGUGUUUGUUUUUAGUUGGUAUGUUGGUAUUUGGAUAUUAGAAUAUGGUGUUUCUUUCUAAACAACUCUGUUUGUGUAUGUUUGAGGUUCGUUGUGACUAGUAAUUUAUUUAGACUGUCUUCAAAGUAUAAAUUAAAACAGUCUGUUUGGUUA